GAAGACURCCUCAGAUGGAGUAUUUUCUCCAGGGCUCUGUCAGCAAAGACAGCGUUGAAAAUUUAUUAGGAAGGCUUGAAGGGCUUUGUGAUAAUACAUCACAUGAAAGGGAUAAAUUUUCAGACCAUGAAAUAGUAUAUAGUUUGCGGAAUGGCAAUACAUCGGUGGUGCUACGAGCAAGACACUCGCUUGUAGAUCAGGCUGCUCCAUGGUUUGACUAUGAGUUUGUUUCAACUGGCUAUUACUUCUACAAAGGUCACAUGAAAAUAACUGUCAGUCAAAUUUUCAAGCUUGUUGCACCUGGUGAAAUUAAUAACUUACAGCUAAUAUCUGAGUCAUAUUUGGUUGAAGUUGGCUUCUCGACUGCAGUCCAACAGGAUUCAGUUGGUGAUGAAAUCAAAGCCUUUGCAGAACAUUUAAAACCCCUGGUUCACUUAGACAAAGUAGACCAUCGUAAACUACAAACACAAGCAAUGACAUCAUAAAUAACAACCAGUAUGUACAACAUUACAAACACGAUAUAUUAUAAUGUAUUAUAGAAAACAAAGAAAUUUUGUAUCAUGAAAUCUUUUAAUUGUAAAUAAACCAAUAUGUACAUUA